AUGGGCGAGAAACAGAUUCGCUCGCUGGGAAAUGUCUUGGUGACGGGAGGCUCAGGCUUCCUGGGACACCACAUUGUCUCGCUACUGGCAUCCAGAAAAGCGUGCUCCCAAAUCACCGUCCUCGACCUCAAGCAGCCGCCGAAUCCCGUCGACGGCGUCCAGUACGAGCAAGGCGACCUUACCGACUAUGACGCUAUGGUCAAGCUAUUCGGGAAGCACAAGUUCGACGGCGUCAUUCACACAGCAAGUCCGGUCAUGACUGCCAGCAAGAACAAGGAUCUGACCUACAAAGUCAACGUGGAAGGCACCAAGACCAUGGUUCGGGCAGCACAAGAGACGGGCGUCAAGGCAUUCGUCUAUACCAGCUCAGCUAGCGUCAUUCACGACACGCAGAGCGACCUGAUCAACGCCAACGAGUCGUAUCCUCUCAUCAUGGGCAAGGAGCAGCCUGAGUACUACACUACCACCAAGGCUCAAGCAGAAAUGCACGUGCUCUCGGCAAAUAGGGCUACUUCCCAUCCCACGUUCCUCACUGCCGCAAUCCGACCCUCAGCAAUGUUCGGCGAGGGCGAUGUACAACUCAUACCCCCCGGGCUCAGCGCAUACUAUAGAGGUCAGACUAAGAUCCAGAUUGGCACCAACGAGAACCUCUUCGACUUCACCGAGAUCACGAAUGUUGCUCACGCGCACCAUCUCGCCCUCGCAGCUCUUCUGGCUACUCGGGAACGAUUAGAUAAUGGUCAAGCAGCACCUCUGGAUCACGAGAAAGUUGACGGCGAGGCUUUCUUCAUCACCAAUGACGCACCAGUUUACUUCUUCGAUUUUGCACGAAUGUGUUGGGCAGCAGCUGGAGAUAGGACAAGGCCGGAUCAAGUGUGGUGUCUGAGUAAAGAUCUGGGGUUGUUUUUGGCAACGUUGAUGGAAUGGAUCUUCUUCCUCUUCAUGCUGGGCAAGCCGAACUUGACGCGGCAACAAGUCAGAUACACUUGCAUGACGAGAUAUUACAACAUCGACAAGGCGAAGAGAAGACUAGGCUAUCGGCCGCUGGUGAAGUUGGAUGAGGGAAUACGAAAGGGCGUAGCAGACGCACUAUAUCGAGGCGUUGUCGUGGGACAGCCACCGGAGCUGAAUGGCAAGAAAACACAGUAG